CGAAAGCACAGAAGUCUGAAGCGCGAGACCGCGCGCGAGCGUCUGAACGCAGUGAUAGAUGAUACAUUUCCCCCUCUAUAUACAUACAAAUAUAUGCGAAGAACUGCACACGUGACCGCUUCCUACAAUCUGCGUUAGCUAGUUCUCCAGCGCUUAUCACGGGCGGCUCGUUUUUUAUUUUAUUUUUUUUUUAUUUCUUGGGGAAGUUGCACAGAGAGAGAGAGAGAGAGAGAGAGAGAGAUUCCGCAUGGAUCCGUGAUCUGAGUCCAGGUCCGGGACGCUCAGGAGAUCCGCGCACAGAUCCUGGAGUUGGUUUGUCCGGAGCACCUCCAGACCCGGGGGCGAGGCUGAGCGACUCCACUGAGCCGGAGCUGAGCGCGACAUGUAGCGCGCGAGCCGCACUUUCCUGCCUAUAAGCACAAAGUUUGUGUCGGGACUCAGCAGGAAAGACGCGCGCGCCGGGCGAGUCUUUGCUUUUCAUGAACUUUUUUUUUCUUUUCUCCAUUGCAUCGGACAUCAUGAGAACGGAUUGUUCAUCAUCAACAGGAACAGCCGUAAUAAAUUAAAAAAGGAGAAGGAAAAAUAAAAGGACUGAUCCGCUUUAUAGUUGGGACGAUGAGAUUAUGCCAUAUGUGCAGCAGGAGUGUAAACAUUUUAAGGAAUUCUGAAAUUAAUUCCCAAAGGAAACCGGGAGCGAUGGCAUACUGUAUAGGAAUUUACAUGUUACUGGGAUUACUGCAGCUCUGCUCAGGUUCUCGUCUCCGUCAGGAGGACUAUCCACCCCGGAUCGUGGAGCACCCAUCAGACCUGAUCGUGUCAAAGGGUGAGCCGGCCACUCUGAACUGUAAGGCCGAGGGCCGCCCAGCACCCACCGUCGAGUGGUACAAAGAUGGCGAGCGUGUGGAGACAGACAGGGACAACCCACGCUCGCACCGUAUGCUCCUGCACAGCGGCUCACUCUUCUUCCUGCGCAUCGUGCACGGCCGCCGGAGCAAACCCGAUGACGGCAGCUAUGUGUGUGUGGCCAGGAACUAUCUUGGGGAGGCGGUCAGUCACAAUGCAUCACUGGAAGUAGCUAUCCUGCGUGAUGACUUCAGACAGAACCCUGCCGAUGUGAUGGUGGCUGAGGGCGAACCGGCUGUGUUGGAAUGCCAGCCCCCUCGUGGCCACCCAGAGCCCACCAUCUCCUGGAGAAAGGAUGGAGCCAACAUAAAUGACCGAGACGAGCGCAUAACGAUCCGAGGAGGAAAGCUGAUGAUCACUAACGCAAGGAAGAGUGAUGCUGGGAAAUACAUCUGUGUGGGAACCAACAUGGUGGGAGAACGUGAGAGUGAGAUUGCUGAACUGACAGUUUUAGAGAGACCCAGCUUCACAAGGAGGCCGACCAGUGUGGUGGUGCUGGCUGAUGAGAGUGUGGAGUUUCGCUGUGAGGCCCGCGGAGAUCCUUUUCCCACUGUCCGCUGGAGGAAGGAGGACGGAGAAUUACCCAAGGGGAGGUACGAGAUCCUUGAAGACCACACGCUGAGCUUGCAACGCGUGACUCCGGCUGACGUGGGCUCCUACAGCUGCCUAGCCGAAAAUAUGGUGGGCAAGGCUGAGGCUUCUGCUACGCUGACUGUGCAUGUUCCCCCUACGUUUGUCAUUCGGCCCCACAACCAGGUGGUGGGAGUGGGCCGAACAGUCACCUUUCAGUGUGAGGCGAUGGGAAACCCACAGCCGGCCAUAUUUUGGCAGAGAGAGGGCAGUCAGAACCUUCUGUUCUCCUACCAGCCCCCACAGCCCUCCAGCCGAUUCUCCGUCUCUCAGACGGGCGAUCUCACCAUCACGGACGUGCAGCGUGCCGAUGGAGGAUGGUACAUCUGUCAGGCACUCAACAUCGCCGGCAGCGUCAUCACCAAGGCCCUGCUGGAGGUUACAGACGUCGUUUCAGAUCGGCCUCCUCCCGUGAUCCGGCAAGGUCCUGAGAACCAGACGGUAGCUGUAGAUGGGACGGUGUUGCUGAACUGCAUAACAACCGGAACUCCUGUUCCGACGGUGCUCUGGAAGAAAGACGGAGUGUUGGUGUCCACUCACGACUCGCGCAUCUCGCAGUUGGACACCGGAGCUCUGCAGAUCCGUUAUGCCAAGCUCAGUGAUACAGGAAUGUACACUUGUGUCUCUACCAGUCCCAGCGGAGAGGCGUCAUGGAAAGCAUACCUGACUGUAGAAGAGUUUGGAGUGGCGGUUCAACCUGGCAGACCCACAGACCCAAACCUGAUUCCCGGGGCGCCUUCCAAACCGGAAGUAACUGAUGUUACUCGCACCUCCGUCACACUGACAUGGAAGGCCAACACAAAUGGAGCUACACCCACGUCUUAUGUGAUCGAAGCCUUUAGCCACGCGUCUGGCAGCAGUUGGGUGACUCUUGCUGAUCAUGUGAAGCCUGAGUCGUUCAUGCUGAAGGGUCUAAAGCCUAGCGCGGUGUAUCUUUUCCUGGUGAGGGCAGCCAACGCUUAUGGUUUGAGCGACCCCAGUCCUAUAACAGAUGCCAUACGAACACAAGACACGCCUCCAACCAUACAGGGAGUGGACCACCGUCAGAUCCAGAAGGAACUGGGGGAUGUUGUGGUCCACCUGCACAAGCCAACCAUCCUCUCAUCCUCCUCGGUCAGAGUGCAGUGGACGGUGGAGCAGCAGUCUCAGUAUAUUCAGGGCUACAAGGUGAUGUAUCGGCCCUCGUCAGAGUCCGGCGAGCCCCGCGGUCAGUGGGGUGUGUUCGAAGUGCGCACUCCUGGCGAGGACGGCGCUGUUGUACCUCAACUCAAGAAGGGCGUCUCUUAUGAGUUUAAAGUGCGUCCUUUCUUUGACGAGUUCCAGGGAGCCGACAGCGAGGUGAAAGUGGUCAGAACGUUGGAGGAGGCUCCCAGUGGUGCCCCACGUGGAGUUACAGUCACCAAGAGUGACACCAAUGGGACAGCCAUCCUGGUCGCCUGGCAACCACCUCCAGAGGAGGAGCAGAACGGCGUGGUCCAGGAGUACAAGAUUUGGUGCCUGGGCAACGAGAGCCGAUACCAUGUCAACCGUACCGUGGAUGGCUCCACUUUUUCCGUCGUCAUCCCAAGUCUGUCGCCCGGCAUUCGGUACAGUGUGGAGGUCGCGGCCAGCAAUGGAGCUGGACCAGGGGUCAAGAGUGAUGUCACCUUCUUUCAGCUGGACACAUCUGGCCAGGUUUGGGCUAGUAUAAAUGACCCGGACACAUUUUCCAACAUUUCUGAUGUGGUGAAGCAGCCUGCUUUCAUCGCAGGCAUCGGCGCCACCUGCUGGGUGGUGCUUAUGGUCUUCAGCGUGUGGCUGUACAGGCACCGGAAGAAGAGGAGCGGCCUGAGCAGCAGCUACGCUGGCAUUCGUAAAGUUCCCUCGUUCACCUUCACUCCAACAGUGGCAUAUCAGAGAGGAGGAGAGGCUGUUUGCAGUGCCGGACGGCCUGGUUUACUGAACAUAGGAGAUGCAGCCAACCAGCCAUGGCUAGCUGACUCAUGGCCCAACGCCUGCGCUAACCACAAAGACUGCAGCAUCAACUGCUGUAACGGCGGCAACGGAACCAGCGACAGCAACCUGACCACCUACAGCCGUCCAGCUGAUUGCAUUGCUAACUACAACAGCCAACUAGACAAUAAGCAAGGAGUCCUGAUAGGCUCCGACUCAGCCGUGUACAGCGAUGUAGACCUCUCGAACAAACUCAACGAGAUGAAGACCUUCAAUAACCCCAGCAUGUGCUACAUGGGGCCCGGAGGCAGCCCACCUACACCAUAUGAGCCCACUCCUUAUGCAACCACCCAGCUCAUCCAAUCAAACAUCAUGAGCAAGAACAGCGGCGCAGGGCCUGGUGACUUCUGUGACAAGCGCUGGAAACCGCAGCAACCCAAACCGCCGGAGCUUCCGUCACAAUUACAGUUCAACGUUAUGGAACAGAACAGGCUGAACAAGGAUCAUUACAGAGGAGGUGAGGUCGGUCUGCCUGCCACCAUCCCCUAUAACCAGGCAAAUGAGCACAGCUCUGCAGGGUCCUACCACAGCUCUGACAGAGCCAGCAACAGCACAUCGGGGAGUCAAAAUCAUAAAAAAGGAACUCGCACCCCUAAACUGUCUAAACAAAGUGCAGUGAACUGGGCCGAGCCUCUUCCUCCACCUCCUAUCAACCCCCCUACCAGCCGCAGCUCUGAGGACUAUCUACAGCCCAUGGAUAAGAGUUUUGAUCCCGACCCACAAAAGCUUCCGAGCCGCAUGUACCUGCACCAAGGGGAGACGGAGGAAGAGGAAGAAGAGGAAGAGCAGGAGAAUCUGGUCAGGUGCCCCACUCCACCUGUUCGAGGGACACCGUCCUCACCUGCGGGAAUGUCUUACAGCCACCAGUCCACAGUCACACUCACUCCCUCUCCUCAGGGAGAGCUGCACAUCACCCAGGAAGAUCGCAGACGGCAAGCGACGAGCCCCCCUCCUCCACCCCAGACCCUUUCGCCCUCGCGCACCUAUGCCUAUACCGAUGGCGAUGACGAAGAAUGCGAUCACACAGAUGGCGAGUCAGGCCAGAGGCAGUACCAGCAUCACCAAGGAUCCCACUUCCAGCCUCAGCAACAGAUCCAGCAGCAGCAGGGUCAUCUAUCACGCCGGCUGCAUCUGCACAGGGGUCUGGAGCAGACUCCAGCCUCGAGCACGGGUGACCUGGAGAGCUCUGUCGCCGGGUCAAUGAUCAACGGUUGGGGAUCGGCAUCUGAGGAGGACAACGGCUCGUCGGGCCGCUCCAGCGCCAUCAGCUCCUCCGAUGGCUCGUUUUUCACCGAUGCUGAUUUUGCCCAGGCUGUCGCCACAGCGGCUGAGUAUGCUGGGCUGCGAGUGGCCCACUAUCCAGGAGCGGGGCCUGAAGACAUUGGAAGAGGCGGCCAAAGAUACCACAUUGGCCACCGUCCCAGUAGCCCAGUGUCUACAGAUAGCAACAUGAGCACUGCAGUGAUGCAGAGGAAACCACACAAAAGGCACAAGCAGCAUGCAGCUGGUCACCAGAGCCAACAGCAGCAGCAGCAGCAACAACUAGACGAAUAUACAGAUGACCCAGUGAUGCCCCUCAGCCCCUCCUCCGUUGGAAUGAAGACAACCAAUCAUGGUUCCAGGUGUGGAUAUGAGGAGAGGGGUGCAACGUUGCCCAGGAUGGGCUGCGGAGAGUCCAGAGACAGGCGGGGAAGUGCCGGCGGCUACCGGACAAGAGAGGCCUCAGCCGAGCGACGGGGGGAGCUCCGGAACACACAUAAGGGUGCUGGCAAAACACGCCAACACACAGUUGCAGAGGACAUUCCGCCUUACAACAGGCCAUCCUUCCCUACAGCACAGGGUCAGAGGGAGACUCCCAGCUCCUCUAGUUCAAUCUCGUCCCGGGGCUCUGGGGGCCGCCGGCGAGGGGAGGCAGGCUCAGGAGGCCGGAAGAACCCCAAUGAUACAGGGCUCACAAGUUUGGGAGCCUUUUCCCACCAGGAGGAAGAAUUAGAGCUGCUGGAGAGUUGAGGAUCCAGUCAGGAUAAGAAAAAAAAGAUCUCAGAGCGGAGAAUCAUCAUCGAACUGUGCACCGUACACGAUUCAGACCAUCUACAGUCAUUCACAAUUAUGUAAAUGAUCUGUUCUGUGCUUAUAGGUGAAAAAAAUGACCAAUGGUUAAUGUUUUUCUUUUCUUUUUCUUUUUUUUUUCAAUCUGCUUCAAUAUUUAAUCUUUUCCGUGUGAGCAAGAGGGAAAACUGGAUGCUCUCGAGUUUCUUUUUAAGUAGGCGAUUUAUUCUGCUUUAAAACCCCAUUGACUGGUGUAAGUUUGUGGAAAGGUGUGAUGUUCCCACACAGGAGCAUCAUCUUUAUAAUCCGCCGGUGUGAGUGUAAUAGAAACUGCAAGUGGGAGCAGUGGACCAUCGUCAGUACAAAGAGAGGUCUCUUCACUCAUACUGUGAUACAGUACUUCAAUAUGGUCUUCCCUCUCACUGCUCUCCAAACGUAUUUUCUGAUAAUGAAAACUCGGGCAUGAGGGUUGCGAUUGUAAAUUUACCAAAUCAUUGAAAGAAGUGCUGCCGUUUGAUUCUUUUAGAUUUUUUUUUAUUGUUUUUUUUUUUUUUAACAAUGCACUGUUGUCAUUUUGUUAGUUGAUGUUGUUAUUGUUAAUGUAUGUUCUGUUUUUUUUUAUCUUUGGUUUCAAAAGCACAAUCAUUAAACAUUUAUUUUUUAAACCAUUCUUAGCUAUGAAGCGCGCCACAUUAUAUGAGGAGCGCAAUAAGUGGUGUCUCAUUAAGCAUGGUGUUCGAGAUCGGAUAAGAAGAUGAGCUAAUUUGCUUCAUUUCAUUUGCGCGAAUGAACCGGACGGAAAUCGGGAUGUCCGCUUUGGGUCUCGCUCAAGCCAUGGAAUGGUGAUAUACCUGAACAGAGAUAGACCCAGGAGUGGCAACCUGUCAUCUCAUUACCAGCGAUGACAUUACGUUUGAUGAGACAAAUGCACUUAAAUGAGGGUGAAACAAGAAAAUGUGCAAUGGGCGAUUUCUUUUUUCGAUCUAGAAGGCUUGGAUUAGAAGUGUCCUCUCCAUUUUGUGUUGAGAAGUGAUCAUCCCAGAACGAGGUGUGCACUGUAAUUAUAAGAAGACUGUCUGCCACAACCAAACAGCAAGCCUUCUGGCGCUUCAUCUGUCUCGCUGCAGGCUCAACUCUGUCUAUACUGUAUAGAAGUGAUGUGGACAUCGUUGUGGGAUGGGGAGGGUGGAAAACCUGGUCUAGGGGUUCCUGUGGUAGUGCAAAGCACCGCUGGGGCCACCUAGCACACAGCUGCUUCGGUUUGGUUUGAAUCCAUGCUAUUGCAGUACUUUUUUUUUGUUUGUUUGUUUUCAAUUGAUGAACAAUGUGUGUGAGAAUAUGUUCUCUGGAAAAAAAAAGAAGAAAAAAAAACAAUAAUUGUGCUGUCCAUCAUUGUUUGGUGUUUACUAUGUUAAAGGAAAAAAAAGUACAACUGCUUUAAAUUGUCAGCCAUAACUUUUCAUGACUGAUAAUCUUAUCUAAUUAGAAUAAAACAAACCAUGUCAUUUCCCACCUUAUUUAUUAUUAAAACAUUUUUCAA